GCCCGCUGCCCGCCGGGUUCGGGCGCCACGCGGCAUCGGCGCAGCCGAGCGCAGCCACUCCUUCGGUGCUCGGGGACUGAUGGCCAGGGGCUAGCCACUGAAGAACAAAGGGGAAGGCCCCAGGUGGGGCCUUGGCAGGCGGCCCGCUGCCGCCGCUUCCGGGGCCCGUCCCUAUCGCAGCGGGUGCCACGCGCUUCCUCGUCUCUAUGGUAUCAACUUCCGCCGCCGGCCGCUCCUCGCGAGAUUUCGGCGGCGCAGCAAUGGCGAGAUCAUGCCGCGUCACUGCUCCGCCGCCGGCUGCUGCACUCGGGACACGCGCGAGACGCGCAACCGCGGCAUCUCCUUCCAUAGACUGCCCAAGAAGGACAACCCCCGGCGAGGCCUGUGGCUGGCCAACUGCCAGCGGCUGGACCCCAGCGGCCAGGGCCUGUGGGACCCCGCGUCCGAGUACAUCUACUUCUGCUCCAAGCACUUCGAGGACACCUGCUUCGAGCUGGUGGGCAUUAGCGGGUAUCAUAGGCUGAAAGAGGGCGCCGUCCCCACCAUAUUUGAGUCUUUCUCCAAGCUGCGCCGGACCAGUAAGACCAAGGGGCAUAGCUACCCGCCUGGGGCCGCAGACAUCAGCCGGCUCCGGCGCUGCAGAAAGCGCUGCGCUGAGGGCCGAGGGCCCAGCACUCCGUUCCCGUCACCUCCCCCCGCGGAUGUUGCCUGCUUUCCUGUGGAAGAGGCCUCAGCACCUGCCACUCUACCUGCCUCCCCCGUGGGGAGGCUGGAGCCCGGCCUCAGUAGCCCCUUCUCAGACCUCCUGGGGCCCCUGGGUGCCCAGGCAGACGAAGCGGGCUGCAGCGCCCAGCCAUCACCGUCGCCAGAGAGGGAGUCGUCCCCCCUGGAGCCGCGGCCAGUCUCCCCUUCUGCCUACAUGCUGCGUCUCCCUCCACCCGCGGGUGCCUAUAUCCAGAACGAACACAGCUACCAGGUGGGCAGUGCCCUGCUCUGGAAGCGGCGGGCUGAGGCCGCACUUGAUGCCCUGGACAAAGCUCAGCGCCAGCUGCAGGCCUGCAAGCGGCGAGAACAGAGGCUGCGGCUGCGGCUGACCAAGCUACAGCAGGAGCGGGCACGGGAGAAGCGGGCACAGGCAGAUGCCCGACAGACUCUCAAGGAGCAUGUGCAGGACUUUGCCAUGCAGCUGAGCAGCAGCAUGGCCUGAGGGAGAAGCCACUGGACCAGGCCUAACAGACUGCCCUGCCAGUCCUCUGGCCACCCUCUGAAUCUACCUGCCGAGGUACCCAACCAGUUCUUCGUCUACCAGAACCAUGAGAUGCCAUAAUAAAGUGGAUUCUAGAAGGAG